UCCAAACGGUCUAAAACCCAACCGAAAGUCUUAACACUUUGGUCAAAGAAAACAAAGGUGGGGGCGGUGACCACCUUCCAUUUACAGCUUCAAACAUCUCAAUUUCCUCUUCACCUCAUCAGUCUCACAUCAAUCCCUCCAUGGCAACAACAUCAACAACAGCAACCUGUCAGCUUUCAUGUUUCUCUUCUCUCAACCGCAGAUUAAAUCAUCCACACCGUCGAUCCAUUCUCUCUCUUCCGCUGUCUCCUCGCUACAAGUCAUGGGUGGUUGUGAGUAACGAAGGACAUAAUAAUGGAGCACACUCUUUGACUUCAAAUAUCAAAACAAGUAGUACCGAUCAUAACUAUACAGCUCCUGAGGAAGAUAAGGGAAUCAGUGAUCCAGUGAAGGGAGUAUAUGGGUCGGCGAAAAUUCAUGACUUUUGUUUUGGGAUUCCUUUUGGUGGGAUUGUUUUAAGUGGGGGGCUCAUUGGUUUUGUGUUCUCAAAAAAUGCUGUAUCUUUAGGUACUGGUGUGUUGUAUGGAGGUGCUUUGCUAGCACUCAGUACCUUCAGUUUGAAGAUUUGGAGGCAAGGGAAAUCAAGCUUUCCAUUUGUACUUGGACAAGCUGUACUCGCAGCAGCCCUUUGCUGGAACAACUUCCGGGCAUACUCAUUGACAAAGAAACUAAUUCCAACAGGAUUUUUUGCCGUCAUUAGUGCUGCAAUGCUGUGCUUUUAUUCAUACGUAAUGAUAUCUGGAGGAAACCCACCACCAAAGAAGUUGCAGUCAUCUGCUAGUGUCAGUUCAUAACAAAAAACUGAAAAGAUCACAAGUCUGAUCUAGCAUGCAUUUUCUCGUAUAAGGCAGUGUUGCUUAGGUCACAAGUCUGCGGGUAACAAUUUCUUAAUAGCAAUAAUGUUUCAUUUGAUAGAAUAAGUUAGUCAGUUUAUGAAUAUUGGAAUGGGACUCCAAAUUAUGAUGUAAAAAGAUGAGAUUUUAUCACCUUGCUAUGCAUUUCCAUAAUUCAAGAUGCUCAAAUUCUGGAGUAUCUGGGUUUGCCUAUUAUUUUUUCCAUCUAUGAUCAAGCUAACAACUUAGAUGAGGAUGUAAUAUGAACACAAAGAACUAUUUCCGCA